AGCAAGCGCUCCUCAAGUGUUGCCCCGCCCCUCCCACUUAUGCUGUGCGAAAGGGACUUGAAACCCUGCAACAUUUUUUAUGGCGAACUAACAUUUUUUAUAUUGCCGUCUCUUUGCAGCUUUUCCAUCAGUAUGUAACCCUGGGCUGUUUGUUAACUUUGCGGUGCUCUCGUGAUCCACGUCCUCCCUUCUGAUCGCUACGUUGUUGAAAAGCCUGCCUGAGAAGAAGAUGGAUGUGUGACUCGUUCAAACAGAGAAAGGAGAAACAAGAAAGAGACAUUGUGUCACUUGUUUCAACUCAGAACCUGUGUGUUAUGAUGUCUGAGUCAGAGGAGAGGGGAACUCCCUGUACUGAGGGAAAGCCAGAGCUCACAUCAGGAAACAUGUCCAGUACUACCCACCAGGUACAAAGUGGACCCUCUGUGUCUCCAUCUGUGUCCUCUGUCCAGCCUAGUACUAUCUCAGCGACAGAGGAUGAGGACGAAAGUGAAGAUGAAUCAUAUAUUCUGGAAGAGAGCCCUUGUGGCCGCUGGCAGAAACGUAAAGAAGAGGUGAAUCAGCGUAACGUCCCAGGGAUUGAUGCUGCAUACUUGGCUAUGGACACAGAAGAAGGAGUGGAAGUAGUUUGGAAUGAAGUUAAGAUCUCAGAGAGGAAAAAUUUCAAAAUGCUGGAGGAGAAGGUAGAGGCUGUAUUUGAUAACCUGAUCCAUUUGGAGCAUGCCAACAUUGUCAAGUUUCACAAAUACUGGGCUGACAAAAAGGACAACGGGGCCAGGGUGAUUUUUAUUACUGAAUAUAUGUCAUCUGGAAGCUUGAAGCAGUUUCUGAAAAAGACAAAGAAGAAUCACAAGACCAUGAAUGAAAAGGCUUGGAAGAGAUGGUGCACGCAGAUUCUUUCAGCUCUAAGUUAUCUUCACUCCUGUGAUCCUCCCAUCAUCCAUGGCAACCUGACCUGUGACACUGUCUUCAUUCAGCACAACGGCCUCAUCAAGAUUGGAUCAGUUGCUCCAGACACCAUUAACAACCACGUAAAGACUUGUACCGAGGAACAGAAAAAUUUGCACUUCUUUGCUCCGGAAUAUGGAGAUGUUGAUGUUACUACAGCCGCAGACAUCUACUCCUUUGGCAUGUGUGCCUUAGAGAUGGCACUGUUGGAGAUUCAGGGGAAUGGAGACUCUUCUCAUGUUUCUCAGGAGGCUAUCAACAAUGCCAUACAGUUACUGGAGGACCCACUGCAGAGGGAAUUAAUCCAGAAGUGCCUGGAAUGUGACCCUCUUGCCAGACCUACAGCCCGGGAGCUUCUUUUUAACCAGGCUCUCUUUGAAGUACCGCUCUUAAAACUGCUGGCUGCACACUGUAUUGUCAGCCAUCAACACAUGAUUCCUGAGAAUGCCCUCGAGGAGAUCACUAAGAAACUGGACCCAAACCUGGUUGUUGCCGAGACCAAAGAGGAUGUUCAGCUCAAGCUUUCACAGUUUCCAGCUUUGGAGCUGGACAAGUUUUUGGAGGAUGUGAGGAAUGGUAUUUAUCCAAUGACGGCAUUUGGGCUGCCCUGUCCACAUCAGACUCAGAAGGAGACUAUUAAAUCUCCUGUAGUCAUCCCUCCAGUCAAAUCCCCAACGCCUGAACCUUCAGAGCUUGAGACACGGAAGAUUAUUCAGAUGCAGUGCAGCUUUGAGCCUGUCGAAGAGGGAGCAAAGUAUCAUCUUACAUUACUGCUGAAAAUGGAGGAUAAACUGAAUAGACAUCUAAGCUGUGACAUGUUACCUCAUGAGAACUUUCAAGACUUGUGGACCAAAACACAGUAG